AUGCAAAAGGAAGGACAGCGGGAUCACGGUCUCCUGGAGGAAGCUGCUGCAAGUGUUCCAAGCACGUUGCCUAUACCCGGCACACAUCCAGGUGGAGCUCAAAGCCCUGUACCUCGCCUUGCCUCUGGCACGCACAGAGCGCAAAGGACGGCAUCUUGCACAGAUCCUCAAGAGCAACAAUGUGCAGAAGAGGAGUGUGAUGCUGAUGAAUGUGGCGAUGAACGCAAACCUCCGGCUGACAGUGUCGACUGUUUCGGCAAUGACAAGCGCCCGUAUCUUCCUCUCAUGCUCUUGGGGUCCACUUUGAUUGGUGCUCUUCAUAUGCUUCUGAUUGAGUUUCCGAUCAUCAGGGAGUUGGCUUGGGGCUACGAGUUGCGUGCUUUCUUCAUGUGCCUCUAUGCGCUUACCCUAUAUUGUUUAGUUUAUUGUGUACUUUGCGACCCAGGCAAACUCGCCGUGAAAGAAAUGGAGGCCUUUACGCAUGCUCAUUCUGUUGGGGAACUUCCCAGGAGGUGCCACAAGAUGUGGCUUUUCAAGCAGCCAAUUCGAAGGUAUGACCACUACUGCCGUUGGUUAACAAAUGCAGUGGGACUGCUGAACCACCGCGAGUUUGUCACCAUGCUGGCUGGCUUGCUGAUGAUUGGUCUGUGCGGGUGCAUCAUAGACUUUAUUCUGAUCAUAUGGACUUCAAGUGAGGGUCGACAUUUUACGGGGUUCUUGCUCAUCAUGCAUCUUACGUAUUCUGUGAUACUGUCACUCCUGACCGGGCCCAUCCUUCGUUUGCACAUUACGUUCGUGACCAGGAAUGAGCUUGCUAACGAGUACAAGCACAAUCUCUUCCAUGUGUUGAGGGACGUGUCAAGGCGCAACCCCACGUUGAUGAGGAGAUGCACAUGGAGGUUGCUGAGACCAUUCGGAAGCGCAUUGAAGAAGACUGGCAAAGCAGUGCCUGUCAACGAGCUGGAAGAUGCAGAGUUUAAUGCAGGCUUGGAUGAAGACCGAUUUGAGUACGACCCAUCUUUGAAUGCGUUUGACCGCGGCUGGCCAACGAACUGUAUCAAUUUUUGGUGUGUUGCCCGCUGGCCAUCCAAUCAGUUUGGUGAAUUCUGA